AUCAUUUACAGGCGCCUGAAAGUUACGAAAGCUGUGCAUGUCCUCUUCUGGUGUUUGACAUCGCGACAAGUUAUGCUAGCUGUAUAUGUUAGGUUAAUAUAUAUAUAUAUUAAAAAUAGAAAUUAUUUUAUGAAAAUUAGCUACAGUAAAAGAGGAAAAAAAUACAUAAUUUGUUCGGUGCGGAGUACAUUUUGUUCAAUCAACAUUUUUAAGGUCUAAAUAGGGAGGUAAUUUGACUUUUAGCUAACUUCUGUGUCACAAGAGAACGCGCCUUAACCGUACAGCUGGAGUGGUUAUAUAAACCCUUAACUCAUAAUGCACCCUGACCUGUCCCCCCACCUGCACACAGAAGAGUGCAAUCAGUUAAUAUCUCUCCUCAGGCAGUGCCACAAAGAGCACAAUUUUCUAAAAUUCUUUGGCACUUGUAAUGAAGUGGACCGUGCAAUGCGCCAGUGCCUAAAAAAAGAGAGACUGGAAAAGCGAGAGCGCAGCAAGCAGCACGCAGAAGAAAUGAAAAGGAAGCUGAAAGAGGGACCCAAGGAGCGCUUCUGAAGACAACUUUACUGUUUUCCAGAGACACUGAACAGAGCAAGAAUCUACACAAGUAGCUUUCAUUACUCUAUUGAAUCUAAUGGGGAUAUGAAGCUACCCCUGGUUGCAAAAGUGUCUUUUACUUGAACAUUAACACGUCUUGAAUGAGUGCAUAACAAUAAAAUUAGCUGGGUGUGCAUAAAAGACUUAGUAUGGAGGUGGAACAAAAACAUAAAGGUUAAUGUUACAACACCAUCUGUCUCUACAGAUUGGAAGAUUUUUUUGCUGCUGUCAUCAUUUUUUCUCCCUCUCCUGUUAGCCGUGGCCCUCUGUAACACUCAUGUAACAAGUGAUCUUUUCAGCCUAAUUAAUGUGUUUUGCAGUGACCCUCAGGAAUCUCCUUUUACUUUACUGUUCAAGAUAACAAGAAUGAAAUGUAUGCACCUAUGAAUGUGGAGUGUUUGCUAAAAUUUGGAAUCAUAUUGAUUCGGGUUUGAAUAAAGUGAAUUUAUCACGUGA